GUGCAUUGACGAUUUGACGUCGCGUGCAGCGCACGCCGGUUAUCAUCAGUGUAUUUAAUGAGGCGUCCGCCCCAUUCGUACCGUAUAAAAUUCCCGCCUCCCUCAUUUUCCCGCUCGGGCGAAACCCUAACCGUCGGAAAAUGGCGCAGAAGCAACCAGCGGCCGACCCAAUCGCCGAACCUAAGAAGCGAAGACGUGUUGGAUUCGCUAGUAUCGAUACUGGAGUUGAAGCCAGUGAGUGCAUUAAAAUUUAUCUGGUUUCUAGCAAAGAGGAAGUGGGUACUUCAGAUGCAUUUUCUAUUGAUCCCAUUGACCUGAAUGGCUUUUUCGACGAUGAUGGGAAAAUUUACGGUUAUCAGGGAUUGAAGAUCACCAUUUGGGUUAGCAGCAUAUCUUUUCAUGCAUAUGCUGAUAUUGCAUUUCAGAGCUCAUCUGAUGGAGGCAAAGGGAUCACAGAUUUGAAGUCUACUCUUGAAAAAAUUUUUGCUGAGAAUCUUGUUGAUGAAAAAGAGGACUUCCUCCAAACUUUUUCGAAUGAAAGCCACUAUAUUAAAAACAUUCUCUCUAGCGGGGAGGUGUUGCAGCACAAAGUCUCUAAUGGACAUAUUAGCCAUUCUAAUUGUCAUUUGGGGGCAGAAGUUUCUGAUGUGGAGGUUAUACGCAUGGUUGUAGGAAGCAUGCCUGUUGGACACCUUUAUAGUCGAUUGAUACCUCUCGUUCUUCUUCUUGUUGACGGUAGCAAUCCUAUUGACAUUGAUGAUUCAAGUUGGGAGCUCUAUGUUCUGGUUCAGAAGAAAAUUGAUCAUCAGGGGGACAAUCAAUAUCUGUUGCUUGGUUUUGCAGCUAUUUAUCGUUUUUAUCAUUAUCCCGACACUUUGCGUUUACGACUCAGUCAGAUAUUGGUAUUGCCUCCUUACCAAUGCAAAGGUUAUGGUCGUCGCCUUCUAGAGGCACUCAACAAUGUGGCAAUAUCAGAAAAUGUUUAUGACCUGACUAUUGAAGAGCCCCUUGAUUCUCUGCAACGCGUCCGCACCUGUAUUGACACACUUCGUCUGCUUGUUUUCAACCCAAUCCAGCAUGCAGUUGAUUCCGUUGUUUUGCAUCUAAAGCAAGGGAAGCUAUCCAAAAAACCCCACCCUUCUCAACUUGAUCCUCCGUCAAGUGUGGCUGAGGAUGUUAGGAGAAGUUUGAAAAUUAAUAAGAAACAACUUUUCCAGUGCUGGGAGGUUCUCAUCUAUCUGGGCCUGGAACCUGUUGACAAGUAUAUGGAGAAUUAUACAUCCUUCAUUUCAGAUCGCAUGAAGGCUAAAAUCAUAGAGAGGGAUUCUGGGUCUGGUGGAAAGCGGCUGGUUGAAGUUCCAAGCAAUUAUGAUCAGGAGACAUCAUUUGUUAUGUUCACGGCACAGGAUGGUGAAGCUGGCAUUGUUCAGAUGGAUGAAAACCAAACCAAUCAAGAGGAGCAACUACAACAAAUGGUCGACGAAAGAGUUAAAGAGAUCAAAUCAAUUGCACAAAAGGUAUCCUUGUGUCGUUCAUCAAACUAAUUUCUCAAAAUCUUGUUGCUAUUAUUAUUUGUAACUGUUCUACAUUUACAUUUAAGACUUAAUCCAGCCAUUCUAGCAUCAUUGUGCCUCUGUUAAGGCAAUGUCAUGAGACUGCCUAGCAAACAAAAAAAAAAGGCAAUGCCAUGAGGCCUUGUAGAUGUGGUUUGUUGGAUGAAAUGGAGGCAUGUCUGUAAAUGAUUGUGAGAAUAUCGCAACGAACGGCUUAGAUUCAAA